CCGUGCAAAAAUGUCGAGCAAUGGAACGGCCGCUCAGGACCAGAUUUAAUAACUGUGUAUGACUGUUUAAAACUGUGAGACGAGAUUAGUAGCACAUUCUCUGUAAGUUGCUCUAUUUUUUUCGACAGAGUUUUGUGCAAGGAUGUAUGUAACAGAUCAGUUUGAAAAUGAAGAUCAUCUUAAUGAUACUGUCAGAUCUGUGACAGUCAAUGAUGUAUAUUUCUAAUAAAUGCCAUCAGAAGUGCAUCAAAUGUAACUUCUGGAAUGAGAAACAUGGACUGUAUAGCUGGAAUAGGAUUGGCCCAAUCCUCCAAAUCACAUGAAAUCUCUUAUGAAGUGGCCCCAGUCAAAGAAGAACAAGACAUAUGCAUAACAAUUGAACACUUAGAAGAUGCAGAGUAUCAGCCAACGCUUGAAGAGGCUAAUAAUUUAGAAUGGUUGCCAGAAGUGUUCAACCUGAUUGAAAUAAGUGACGAUGGGUAUGUGAGUGGUUAUGUUAGGACAGAGGAAGAGUUGAAUAUAGUUCUACAGACCCAUGGAAAACACACAGAGAGCAUGUUUGGCCUAGACUCAGAUGAUGGAAUAAGGAAGCAGAAACGACCUAGAAGGCUAUUUUACUACAGCAAACUACUAGAUCUUGCAAGUCAUAUAACCUCUAGUGAUAGAAGUAGAACCUACAUAUGUAAUUUUGGGAUGAGAUACACACCCUCAAAAAAAAUCAAGGAACACUGUAUAUACAUGGAAGGAAAAGUGAGAAAAGCACAUCCAACAUCUAAGACUGGAUGUCCUUCAAAGAUAUGUGUCAAUGAAAUAACUGUAUAUACUGACUAUUCAAUUGAUGGCCUCAGCAGAAGAGUAAGGCGAGCUAGGCUAAACACUCUGAAGGCGGCUCUUGUGAAAACUCCACAAGACAUAAACUCUGAAAAAUAUAUUCACAUAAAAUUACCAUUAAAAUGUACUCAUAGAGGUCAUGUUGUAAGUGAACAGGAAUGGAGGGCAAAGAAAACACAUCCAUGUUUGUUGAAAAAGAUUGAAGAAUUCACAUUGUUGGGUAUUAGAAAGGUAUCUAUCAUGAAAGCUCUCUUGAAAGCUUAUGCAGAAGACUCUCUCAUAGAGGGCGAUCCAGAGGAAGUUAGAGAUCUUACUUACUUUUUUCCAAAUGAGAAAACAAUUGAAAACAAAGUAAGAAAUGUUAUUCGUCAACAUGGACAAAGUUUAAUUCACAUUGGAAAAGGGAAGACUGCUAAUAAAACAAAAGAGACUUCAAAAGUGCAGUGUUUGAUUCAUAGUAAUGGUUCAAAUAUAUUGUGAAUUAGCAGAUCAAGAAAAGAUGAAGAGAGGUAAUACAUAAUUUUUUUUAGAUACAUAUACAUUUGUGUAGAUAGGUUUAAGCAUGAAUAAAAGAAUUUUUAUUG